AUAACAAACAGUCUACCACGUCUCCGCGGUACGUUCCGACGCGAAUUCCGUCGCGGAAUACGCACGUGAUAUGUGUGAAUGUGUGUGAAAGUGAACACCAAUACGUGACACAAUAUGUGAUAACGUCGUAUCUCCGUUUACAACCUAUAAAUAAUUAAGAAAUUUUCUUUUUAACUCCGUAAUUAGUGCCUUUUUUUACGUUGAUUUAACUCAAAUUUUAAUACGAGAUAAAUAAAGUGUCUAGCGUUUGUGCUGUGACGUGAAGUGACUUACAACGGUGAAUGGAAACUAAAAUGAAGACGUGGACACACGCACUGAAAGUCUAUAAAACCAAUCUUACUGUGUCUACACUGUCCCAUAUAUGGACGUACAGAAGUAGCUGUUUUUUCUGACAGUUGCUCAACAUUUGUGCUUAAUAAACACUUGUGAAAAUCGUGAGUUGCAAAAAAUUUAUACAGCGCCAUCUGUCGGCCGCCAGUCGGAAGUACUAGCGCUAUCUAGUGUCAGCAACCGGCAAACUGUCGAACGUCAACAUGGUCGAGGACACGAGUCACGGCUGCCAGCAGAAUACGGAUCGAGUGUCGGCGGCGGCUGUCCUACAGUUUGCCGCGAGAGAAGCCCGCGAAGGACGGAGAUUGGCAGAGUUCGGGGCGCAUGCGUUUGCAAGCAUCACAUACAAUGCAUACGCGGCGCUCGGCGACAUGGGAGGGAGCGGCACCAGCUCAUCAUCCUCCCACAUGUCUCCAGGAUGGCAGGUCAACGACCUCGACCUGGACCUUACUGGGGAGCUGACGAUGAACGAUGCCCUCCUGUCCUCCUUGCCGUCCCUGGCGGUGUUCAAACAGGAGGCGCCGUCCCCCACUGGUGCGGUGCUGUCGCCGCCGCGACGCGUGUGGCCACCACGAAGACCUGAUGAUAGACAGAUCACCAGCAUGGUGGUGGACGGUGGUCGCGAAGGAAUGGAUGACGGCUGCCAGCAGUCACCAACGCACAAUCCCGGCAUGAUGAGCCAACAUGCAGGAAGCCCCGAGAGCAUGCAGUGCCAACCUACAAUGCAAACUGGUGCAUUAAUACCAAUGAAUGGGUACCAUUCGCCCAGUCAAGAGAAUAAAAACGCUGGUCUCCUGAUGUGCUCUCCAGCCAGUUCUCUAGACGGCUUCCUGCAUUCUCCGGUCCAGCAGCGCUCCGAGUCGAGCUUCAAAGAUGAUACCAGGUUCCAGUACGUGUUAGCCGCAGCGACCUCUAUCGCCACCAAACAGAAUGAGGAAACGCUGACAUAUCUGAAUCAAGGCCAACCAUACGAGAUCAAGCUCAAGAAGCUGGGUGAUCUCUCACAUUACAAGGGGAAAAUACUGAAGAGUGUGAUCAAGAUCUGCUUCCACGAGCGUCGCUUGCAGUACAUGGAGCGCGAGCAGAUAGCUCAGUGGCACACUGAACGGCCUGGGGAGAGGAUCGUAGAGGUGGACGUGCCAUUAUCGUACGGCGUGAUCCGCGUGGAACAGCCCUCGUGUCUGAACGCGCUGCACGUAUACUGGGAUCCCACUAAGGACGUCGGUGUUUACAUCAAGGUAAACUGCAUAUCAACGGAGUUCACAGCCAAGAAGCAUGGCGGCGAGAAGGGGGUCCCUUUCCGCAUACAGGUGGAGACGUAUUUGGGGUCGGACGAGCACAGUCGACUGCACGCGGCCGCCUGCCAGAUCAAGGUGUUCAAACUGAAGGGCGCGGACAGGAAACACAAACAGGACAGGGAGAAAGUGAUGCGGCGGCCUCGGUCCGACCUGGAGAAGUACCAGCCCGGCUGCGAGGCGACCGUUCUCACCACCUUAUCCCACGAUGCUUUGAUGCCACCGCCGUCGUUGGUCACCACUUCGCCGCCAUAUUCUCCGGAAAUGUGUGUCACCCCAAAGGCUGUUGCCAGCCCGAUUCUGGUCAAUAAGCCAGUUCUAUCACAGCCUGCUAUUCUUGGCUCGUCGAACCAGAUGAAACCAAUAUACUGUCAAGAUGACGGUGAAAUGAAAGUAAACACCCCACCGUGUCACUCGCCCGGAGCCAUACUGCCGGACCUGCCGCAGCCCGCCGAGGACCCUGACAAGAAUUGCGGCCUGUCCAAGGAGGCGACGUCUGCGGAAACACAGGCGUGGCUGUCGCGCCACCGGUUCUCGCAGCACGCGUCCACCUUCGCCAACUUCUCUGGCGCUGACUUGCUCAGACUGUCGCGAGAUGACAUUAUUCAAAUUUGCGGGCUCGCGGACGGCAUACGUCUCUUCAAUGCGCUGCACGCCAAACGCAUCGAGCCCCGGCUGACGGUGUACGUGUGCCCGCCGGGCGGCAGCAUCUACAGCGCCCUCUACCUGCACGCGUGUCGCGCGCACGAGCUACUGCACAAGCUGAAGGGACUCCUACACUCUUCCGUUGGAAAGGAGUGCGACACGGUAGUGGUGUCCGGCCCCAACGGCGCCCUCGUGCGGCUCAGCGACGAACUAGUGCGCCACCUGCCGGACAACUCGACGUACCGGCUGCAGCGGCUCGACGACAGCGGCGCCCUCAUGCUGACCGCCACUAACGGGCCCGCGUCCACGUCGAACUAGUGUCCAGGCUGUGCUGUCUGGUAUAUACAGGGUGGUAAUGAAACCAUUAGCGGUACAUACUACCACCAUAUGUGAACCCACCCAUGGUAUAUAUCAUCAUAUCACCUGUUAAUUAUCCAAUACUAAAUAUAGGCCUCUCCCAUAAGAGGAGAUUUUGCCAGUAGUUGCCACGUUUGGCAACUGCAGUUAGGUUUUGGUGAUGAUUUGAAAGGGUCGCUACUGCCCAUCUUUCGACUAUUAAGCUCCCUUAGUCGCCUCCUACGACAACCGUGGGACAGGAAGGGGUGGCUUAUUCUACGCCGGGACCACGCUGCAAUGGAAAUUACUAAAAAUUGUAUAAAUCCUUAAGAUAAUCCCUCGCCGUUGAUUUCUAUUCCGUUCUGUGUGCACUGAUCUCCCAUGCAGUGUGACACUGACUUAAUAUAUCUUUUUUUUUUUUGCGUCGACAAAGGCAAAUGAUCGACAAAUACACAGCUAUGUAAGAUACCUUUAGAAAAAAAAUGAGCUGUUUAAAAUUAAUUUACUACAAUUUAUAUUAUUGGCAAUGUAAUUGUCAAAUUAUUUACAAAAAUUAUAUUUUACAAGAAGAGAGAAAAAAUAUGUAAGAAAUCAGUCUUAAUUCCAUUUUAACAAUCAUCUCAUGUAACUCUAACAUCGUUUCAAUGAUAAUUCUUAUUAAUUAUUCCAAAUAUUAUUUUUAAAUUUAAUGGAAUUGAAUGUGUUAACUGGAUCAAUGAUAUAACCAGUUAAUUAUAUUCGUAGUUAAAUAACCGUUGGCUAUUCAUUAAAGCAUACAUACAUUUGUAUGAUGUUUUUUUUUAAUUUAGAAUUAAGAUGUUUAUGUAUAUUGUUUUAUUUUAUAAUGGUAUGUAAUGCUUGUUGAAGUUAUUAUGACGAGAAAUAUACAUGUGAUUUUAAAUAUUGAUAUUAAGAAAAUUGAAUUUAAAAUUCUAUCUAAACGACAUAGGAUGUUAUUUUCAAACUUGGCUAAAUUUUUUUUUAUAUAUUUUAUUCUCUUUCCAUAAAACUUAACCCAUUAUUGUUGUAAUGAUCAUAGAAAUAAAUUUAGUAAUGAAUCGAUACGUUCAAACGAUUAAUCGCUUUAUAUUUGUUAUUACUAUCAGACUUUAGAAUUCUCAUCGUGCCUCCGAUCGAACUGUUUAUAAUUACUCCUCUCCAUCCAAAGGUUGCCUGCAAGAGAUCGCUCUUAGCGAUAAGGUCGCCCAUUGUUUUCUCAUUGUGAUUAUUUCUUGUAAUUGUUUAUAUUUAUAAUAAGUUUACUGUUGUAAUGUUAUAUCUAUCACACUGUCUUAUAGUCGAGCCAUAUAUAGCUUUGUUUACACUUUUAUUGAAACAUUAUAAGGGCAUUAAGUUGAGUUCCGAUAGCUCAAUUUUUAGCACUUUUGCUUUACAGUGAAUUUGAUCCCUUAAAGCAUAUAUAAAAAUGUAAAAUUUAUCCCUGAAUAAAAUAAUAAAAUACAAAAUAUUAUUUUAAACUGUACUGUACAUAUAUAAUCUAUAUUCAUACAUAACGGGAAUUUGACCAACUACUGUCUUUUUUGUCGUUUCUGACAAUCGUUUCGACUUACUGGAAUACUUCAGAGGGCGUUUGGCGCUUUACGUCACAGCGUCUCGCUUCGUACUGUGGGCUGUUUAAAAAUAAUAUAUACCUAUAUUCAUGCAAAGAAAUUAUAAAUUUAUUUUUCUACUUUUUAUAAUGUGUCGGCAGCUAAAUGUAAAAUUGUUGUUUAGAUUUAAACUGUUAUCUGAUAUUGUUAACUAAAUUGUAAAACUCUAGUGGAAGGCACAUUAUUUUUGUAAAAAUAAGUGACUUCUCUUAUAUUUUUUAUUAGAAUCCAUUUGGAAAUUAAGUAUACGGAAUUCAGUAGAAUGGGUGUACAAACCCAUUGAUAUCAAUUGCAUUCCUUGGAUAAGCUGAUGAAUUAAAAUAUAAAAAAAUAAGAAGAAUUUGGUGCCUUAUCUGUGCCUUCACUAAACACGCCCCUCGGGUUUGCGCAUGUUGCAUUACGGAGUAUUAAAUUAAUUAGUUUUUAAGAUUUUAUAUCUACAUUGUAUAUUGUUAAUUUAGUAUAGAAAUGUAGUUUCAUUGUAAACAUGUAUAAUUAAUAAAUGUGUAUAUAUUA